CCCAAUUCUAAGGGGGGUGCAAUCUUGCGUUACUGCGUCUUUGCUCAUCGUUGGACUGUUUCAUCCGGAGUUUGAAGGAUUUAAGAAUCUGGCAUUUUAACAUGAAUCUUAUGCUGACUGUGAUGGCUUUUACCUAGCCGCUGAUCUUCAAUUUGACUCAGACUCAUUAUAUGGAAACUACAUAUUGAACUGAAUCAAGGGUGCCUACUGAUAGUGAUAGGGUACAAGCUGAAGUAUUCUUUCAUUCAUUAUGGCUGAUGUUACUAAGCGGCGAUGUAUCUUUAUCUCAAAUUUACCUCCGUCUAUUUCAUCAUCAGCCUUAGAAUCCUUUCUUCUACAAGAGCUGGAAUCAUGUUAUCAUGGUGGCAGCCAUCUUAUUAAGGUGAUGUUUCCGGUCAAUCCUGCUACACCUGGUUUAGCAUUGGUGACAUUUCAAGAUGAACAAGCGAUGGUUCGUAUUCUGAGGAAGAGGUUGAUGUAUGAAGGAGUACUCUUAUCCACACAGCCAUUCCUCUCUUAUGUUUUUACCUCCAUGAGUGCAGUGGUCAACCCAGAUGUCUCACAUCUCUUUCCCUUCACGUCCCGUGACUUCAACUGUCAUAUGGAAAAAAGCUGUGGUGUUGAGUGUCAUAAAUUAGACGAGAAGGAACGAGACAGGUGGAUGCAUCAUUCUCAGACUAGUCAGAGUGAGCUUUUCAUGCUGACAGGUAACUGGUUUCAGAUGCAGAAUGCCAGGAAGUUCAUGCAGGAAUGGGUAGUAGAUGAAAAGAAGAGGUCAGAAUUCAUGGACCAAAGCCACCUUAUUAAAGAUGAAAGUAAUCAAAAAGGAGCUUCCUCUCGCAAACAUUCAAAGAGGAGGGAGAAAGAACUGGCAACUGGUUUGGGUAAUUCUGUGGAAGAAAAGGGAGUUCACAGAAAUGGUGCUCAAACGGAAGUAAAAAGACACACUGAGGUCACUGAUUCUGCUGGCCUCUUAGAGAGAAAAAGCCCAACUGGUAAUACUGAUUUCAGAAGUGGCAAGAAGGAUAGAAGCAAAGCUAAAAAAGAAGGGUUGGCUAAAGUUGCUUGUAGAUUUGAUGGUGAGCCUGUGCAGCCAAGCACCGGGAAUCAUUUUGAGCAGGAUGAUCUUAACCUUGAUGCUGCACCUCAUCUCACAAGUAAUUUUGCCCAAGAUGGAGUACGUCAAACUUCAUCUGAAGACAUCACAAGUCAUGGAGAUCCUUUGCAGAGCUCUUCAUCUCAAAAUUCGGAACAUAUCAGGAAUCAACUGGCAGAGCUUUCAUCUACUUUAUCAAGCAGAGCAGUCAUCCCUAGAGUUAGAAAACCUACUCGCCCUCCUAGGUCUGUGGAUACAAGAAAAAGUGAUUUGGGAAGUGUCCCUAAUGUUGAUUAUAUGCAGUAUGUCAAGAUUCCUCAAACGUCAGGAAGCAGUAGCUCCCAAGAGCUUAACAAAUCCAAUGAAAUGAGAGGCAACUCAAAGAGAAGUGAAGAUGUAUCUAUGACGAAGCAUCAAGAAGAUGAAACACUUCUUACACGGAGAGAAGAGCCUGAUGUGUAUGAAGGUCUGAUGACACAAAGUCGAAAUGAAGGUUUGAUGUCACAAAGGCGAGAUGAAGGGAUGCCGUCACAAAGACGAGAUGAAGGGAUGCCAUCACAAAGACGAGAUGAAGGGAUGCCGUCACAAAGACGAGAUGAAGGGAUGCCGUCACAAAGACGAGAUGAAGGGAUGCCGUCACAAAGACGAGAUGAAGGGAUGCUGUCACAAAGACAAGAUGAAGGGAUGCGGUCACAAAGACGAGAUGAAGGGAUGCUGUCACAAAGACGAGAUGAAGGGAUGUCGUCACAAAGACGGGAUGAAGGGGUGCCAUCACAAAGACGAGAUGAAGGGAUGCCGUCACAAAGACGAGAUGAAGGGAUGCGGUCACAAAGACGAGAUGAAGGGAUGCGGUCACAAAGACGAGAUGAAGGGAUGUCGUCACAAAGACGGGAUGAAGGGGUGCCGUCACAAAGACGAGAUGAAGGGAUGCCGUCACAAAGACGAGAUGAAGGGAUGCCGUCACAAAGAGGAGAUGAAGGGAUGCUGUCACAAAGACGAGAUGAUGGGAUGCCGUCACAAAGACGAGAUGAAGGGAUGCCGUCACAAAGACGAGAUGAAGUGAUACCGUCACAAAGACGAGAUGAAGGGAUGCCGUCACAAAGAGAAGAACUUGAAAUAGAUUGCCCUGAACCUCUCCCAUCAUCGCCAUUAGUCAGUGAGAGGCAUAAUGUUGAUGAAGAGAGUAAAGAACAAAAAGAAAGCCUCAGCUCCAUUCCUGUCGAUCCCGGUGUCUUUAGUUACAUCUUACUAAAACAGAGUGACUCCAUUCAAGAAAUUGAAGAGACAUACAGUGUCAAGUUUUCAAUUCAGACAACAAGAGAUGGUGAGGAUGGCGAUGUUGAAAGUGCCAUGCUUAUGGUUAGAUCCCUGGGUGAAAACUCUGACAUCGGUACAGCACAUGAUAAGUUUGUGGAUCUGUACACAGCUGUUUUCUCCGACUUAAAACACAGAGUUGUCACUUUUGAAGACAGAACCAUUGAUCCAGAAUCACUUGAUCAAACUAUAGAGUUGGUCCAUGUUGCUUACUCUUCUGUUUUAAUACUGCCUGAUGUGUCAAACAAAAAGGUUCUUAUUUAUGGACCAUCUGAAAUUGAUGUUCGUUUUGCAAAAUGCUGGAUACAGGAUGCAAUAAAGAAGCAGAAAAUAAACAUCCAAGGAGAGGUCUCUGGGGACGCCAGUGAAACUAAUGCAGAAGAUUUUGUUUCAAGAAGGGUGGACUAUGGCCAAUCAGUACUUCAGGAACGAGCAACCCGGCCACAUCACAAGACUGGUGUAGACAGAAGGGUGGAGUACGACCAAUCAGUACUUCAGGAACGAGCAACCCGGCCACAUCACAAGACUGGUGCAGACAGAAGGGUGGAGUACGACCAAUCAGUACUUCAGGAACGAGCAACCCGGCCACAUCACAAGACUGGUGUAGACAGAAGGGUGGAGUAUGACCAAUCAUUACUUCAGGAUCCAACACACGGGCCAAAUCACGAGACUGGGGUAAACAGAAGGGGGGAAUAUGGCCAAUCAGUACUUCAGGAACGAUCCCAGCCACAACACCAGACUGAGGUAAACAGAAGGUUGGAGUAUGAGCAACAGGAACGAGCAUCCAGGCCACAUUCCCAGACUGACAUAGACGGACAUGAUAAUCGUCAUUCUGUUAUCAGAGGAAGUAAUAAUUUGUCAACAAUAGACACAGAAUCAAUGAUGAGGCCACUGGGUUUAGAGGAUAGUAAUGGACCAGUAGAGCAUCGCUUUACAGAAAGAAGGGCUGACAUUGAAUCUGUUGAUCAGGCUGCGAUGAACAUUUCUCCACGCCAGGUAGGCACACAUCACCAAGUGCCUGAAUUUAGUGCCCAGACAUUACCUCUUAAUGGCUCUGACUUGCAACAUUCUGAUUGGUUAGGAUCAGGCAGAUAUAGUGGUCCACCUGAAGAGACAAGUGUGAGGAAUAAGACGCCAAUUGUUCCAUGGACAAAAACCCCUGCCUUAGUUGUUGCUCUUCCAUCAUCUGAAGCUGUCAGGUCAAAGGUUAACAAACCUGCUGAAAUGGUCUCUGAGCCAGAAGUAUUACCAACGACGGUAGAAGCAGUCAGUAUGACGGACACAAUUCCCGUUGACCCUGGUGUCUAUGGCUAUAUCCAAUUGAAGAAACCAAACAUUCUUUGUGAUAUUGAACAAAACUACAACAUAAAGUUCUCUGUUGAGGGAGAUCGAGACAGCGAUAUUUACUUCAUUCGAGUGGAGGCAAAUGGAGCUGUCUCUGAGCAAAGCAUUCAAAAAGGCAAAGAGACUUUCUUGAACUUUUACUCUGAGAUUUUCUCAGGGCUCGUUCAUCGUGCCAUAAACCUGGCAGAUUUUGAGGGUUUGUCUGAAAAGGUUUUGGAAGAGACUAUCCAAGAGGCUGAGCACUCGUUCAGUGAUGUUUAUUUUGCAGUUGUGCAGUCUAAAGUUCUUAUCUUCGGUCAGGGGUUGCAUAAUGUAGAAACUGCAAGAGAUUUUGUCUUGAGUCGAUUACGCCAAAGUGACAAAUCUCUGGUAGAGGUAAGACCACACACGGAUCUUGAGGUCUCAAUGGAGAGUCUCAGUAAUGAUGAAAUGGUGAGUCGUCUUAAUCAUCUAAGAUGUGGAUCUAUGACACCUGAUAGACAGACAGAUAUACAUGUAGCGAGUCAAAGACAAACUGUUGCUGAGGAGGUAAAUGGAAGGACUAGAGUUGACAUGAUUGAUCAAACUUCAAUCAAUGAUGAGGCCACAGAAUCAAUGAUGAGGCCACUGGGUUUAGAGGAUAGUAGUGGACCAGUAGAGCAUCGCUUUACAGAAAGAAGGGCUGACAUUGAAUCUGUUGAUCAGGCUGCGAUGAACAUUUCUCCACGCCAGGUAGGCACACAUCACCAAGUGCCUGAAUUUAGUGCCCAGACAUUACCUCUUAAUGGCUCUGACUUGCAACAUUCUGAUUGGUUAGGAUCAGGCAGAUAUAGUGGUCCACCUGAAGAGACAAGUAUGAGGAAUAAGACGCCAAUUGUUCCAUGGACAAAAACCCCUGCCUUAGUUGUUGCUCUUCCAUCAUCUGAAGCUGUCAGGUCAAAGGUUAACAAACCUGCUGAAAUGGUCUCUGAGCCAGAAGUAUUACCAACGACGGUAGAAGCAGUCAGCAUGACGGACACAAUUCCCGUUGACCCUGGUGUCUAUGGCUAUAUCCAAUUGAAGAAACCAAACAUUCUUUAUGAUAUUGAACAAAACUACAACAUAAAGUUCUCUGUUGAGGGAGAUCGAGACAGCGAUAUUUACUUCAUUCGAGUGGAGGCAAAUGAAGCUGUCUCUGAGCAAAGCAUUCAACAAGGCAAAGAGACUUUCUUGAACUUUUACACUGAGAUUUUCUCAGGGCUCAUUCAUCGUGCCAUAAACCUGGCAGAUUUUGAGGGUUUGUCUGAAAAGGUUUUGGAAGAGACUAUCCAAGGGGCUGAGCACUCGUUCAGUGAUGUUUAUUUUGCAGUUGUGCAGUCUAAAGUUCUUAUCUUCGGUCAGGGGUUGCAUAAUGUAGAAACUGCAAGAGAUUUUGUCUUGAGUCGAUUACGCCAAAGUGACAAAUCUCUGGUAGAGGUAAGACCACACACGGAUCUUGAGGUCUCAAUGGAGAGUCUCAGUAAUGAUGAAAUGAUGAGUCGUCUUAAUCAUCUAAGAUGUGGAUCUAUGACACCUGAUAGACAGACAGAUGUACAUGUAGCGAGUCAAAGACAAACUGUUGCUGAGGAGGUAAAUGGAAGGACUAGAGUUGACAUGAUUGAUCAAACUUCCAGGCAUUUUGCUGUGACUGAAGAAUCUCCUCUCAAACGUUAUUUGAUAUCGCCUCAAGAUGAGAACAAACCCAAUGACGAAACUGACCAUCCCAAACAGUAUGGAAUUAAUAACAAUAUGACUGCCUGUUCCACUGGUCCUACUGACAUUUUACUCCACAGCGAUAGAAAGAAAGACCGUACAAAAACUGAAGAAUGUGUUUAUCAAUUCUCUGAUAGCCGAUUGCUGAUUCAGCUGCCAGUAUCAGGGAUGGGUGUUCAAGUCUACACUGCCGAUAUCACAAGGACGGCAGUGGAUGCCAUUGUUAGUGCAGCAAAUGAAAAACUAACUAAUAUUGGUGGUGUUGCUGCUGCGAUAUGUCAUGGAGCUGGUGCAGAGCUUCAAGCAGACUGCAACAUGCUCAUUGCCCGCCAUGGCCUGCUGUACCCUUCAGAGGUGAAAUACACUGGUGCUGGGAGACUGCCGUGCAAAUUUAUUCUCCAUGCUGUGGGGCCAAGGUGGCACGAUUAUGCAAACGAGCAAGAUUGUCGUCAGACGCUGAGGUCAACCGUGGUGAAUUGUCUGAGAAUAGCAGAUCAAGAGUUGCUAGUCAGAUCUUUGGCGAUGCCUCUUAUUAGUUCAGGAAUAUUUGGGGUCCCGUUUGAAAUCUGUCUUGAAGAAAUCUGUGAGGCUCUACGUGAAUAUAACAACAAUCGACAGUCAAUCAAAAUCCUACAGCAAGUUCAUAUUGUGGACCUGGAUGGUUCAACCAUCUCAAAGGCUCAAGAUGCUAUGAUUCAUAGGCUGUGUACAAACGGAAGUGCAGAUGAGAACAAUCUAAGGACUGGUGAGAAGGCUACAAGACGAGGUUUCUCAUCACAGAUUGAUCCUGUAACCUACAGUCAUACCACAGUUGGAGAUGAACGUCUUAGUGUGGGUAGUGAAAGCUCAAGAAGGAGCAGAAGAGAACAUGAGCCAAGAAGGACAUCUACAAGAUCUUCAAGGUCUUCAGUAAGACAUCUUGAUUCAUCCGAUGAGGACGUUCCUCAGCCAAGUAGUAGCUUCAGCCGUCCAGUCAUGGCCAGGAGUUCAUCUCUUCCGUACUUGGCAAGAAAUUAUGAUAAGGAUCAAAGAAGAAAUUGUUGGUCAUCUGAAACAACAGAUAAAACGACAACAGGUAACCGUCGCUCCUUCCUAGAUACAGAUCAGAGAUCAUGGAGUACCAGCCGAACAGCAUCCAAAGUUUCAUCUCGAUCUAGUAGUAGAGAUGAUAAGAUUAAGGAUCUUUUAGAGGCUCAUUCUAAAGCUCCUCCCUCACCAGAGAUGUCAAGAAAAACUCAAUUUGAGAUCAAUCGUGUGUUGACUGAACCAAUAGUGACUCCAAGAGAUAAACAACGUCCUAAAGCCAGGCGCAGUCAAAGCCUUGGUCGGACUGUUUCUGGAGACAAAUGUGUUGUCUGCUCAUCACAAAAAGACCUUUCCAAGCGGAAAUGUUGUGAACAUUUUGUGUGUGGCUUAUGCAAAUCAUCUAGGUUGGAUGUUGGAAGGUGUAGACAAUGCUCUGAGCUUAAAAGUAAGAAGAAAAAAAUGUGUGAUUUCUGUACCUGCUCCACUGACUACAAGCUGAUGAGUUGUAGGAGUUGUACGAACCCCAUAUGUUAUAAAUGUAUUCAGAAAAAACUUGAGGUUUGCAGGGACUGUUUAGAACAAGCUAAUCCAUUACCAAAUGGUCACGGAGAAAAGAAACAGCCCAGGUUGAGAGAGCCUAUCAUUGUUGGAACACAAACAUCUCACCUUGACGCUAAGAAAAGUUAUCGCAUCAAGUCAGGAACUCAAGAUUUAACCUCAUCACGUAAGAAACCAAUGCUUGGGCGUAGUCAAUCUGGUGAUGUUUCUCAGAGUUAUUCAUCAAGCGGCAGAAGACAUGAUUACAAGACGUCUGGGCGCACAAGCUCAGCAUUCUCUCAUGAGUUUGUUACUGAACAUGCUGAAGAUGCCCCUCAUGAUGAGAUGAUAAGAAACUUACAAGAACCAAAAGGUCAGGAGGCAAGACCACAUCAUCGGAGUAAAAAAGGGAACAUCAGAAAUGAAGAUUCAGCAAGGAGUGCACCAAACUCAAGGAGGCAUGCUAAGGGAGACAAAGAGGUAAAUGUCAUUGGGAAGAGUUCUGUGUUGCAACCUAAUCCGGUUACCUGCGUUAUCUGCAUGGAGACAGCUACGAAUCCCAAAGAGCUCAACAAGUGCAGGCAUAUAUUCUGUGGCGAGUGUAUUGACAAGGCAUUUAAGAUCAAGCCUGUAUGUCCGAUCUGUGGUGAGAGUUACGGCAAACUGAGGAGUGGGCAGCCCAUUGGUACCAUGACGGAUGCUGCUGUUUCAACAGAUCUACCAGGCCAUCCUGGUUGUGGAACUAUCAUCAUCAACUACUCGUUUCCAAAUGGCUUUCAAACUGAAGACCAUCCUAAUCCAGGGAUGGCUUAUAGAGGCACAGAUCGCCAAGCUUACUUACCUAAUAGCAGGGAAGGGGCAGACGUCUUAAAGCUGCUAAGACAAGCUUUUGAUGCUGGUCUUCUCUUCACCAUCGACCGCUCGGUUACCACAGGGGAGGAAAAUGUUGUCGUUUGGAAUGAUGUACACCACAAGACGAGGCGAGACGGAGGAGCAGAGAUGCAUGGCUACCCAGAUCCGACCUAUCUACUGAGAGUGAGAGAUGAACUUGAAGCAAAAGGCAUCCGUUGAAAAAGGAACGCCUUCUUACCACUGCAUUUAAUUUCCAGAGAUACAGACCCUGUUUCAAACAUUUUGGCAGCAAUUAAAUAAUCAAUGUGGACGUGAGCUUAUCUGUAAGAAGUGCUCCUAUGUUUUGUGUGUUGCUCAACUUUUUGUUUGUUAAUAACAAAACAAACAAUUAUUGUGACUUGUUUAGAAUACAAAUACCUGUACAUAAAUUUGUUAUUCAUAUAAGGAUUUCUGAAAUCCUCUUGAUUUAAAUAAUAGAGUGUAAUAAUAAUGCUUCAAAAUUAUGUAGAUUUAUAAAAUAUUCUGCGGUGAGAAUCUUAAAACAAGGUAGUAGGCCUAUGUUAAAUUUUCUGUUUUUGUUUUGUUUCCGCAUGGCUUUCAGUCCGAUGGUUAUCUGCUUGUAUGUUGAUCACCAAACUUUGAACUUGAGUGCCCUUAUUCGUCUAGUCUUUGGAUGUUCACUUAUUGUUAGUCAAUAGUGGCAAAUUUGUACACACUUGUAUUCUGAUAAACACACUUGUGUUUUAUAACAAUUUUAUGUACAUAUUUAUUUACUUUGAGAAUAAACAGACAAGAACUGAAAUAGGAUGUUCACUAUACUUUAUUUGUACUUAAACAUGUUAAAUGUUAAUAAUUUCCCAGUGCCUUAUAUUAUAAUACAAAUCACAAUGUACUGUGUAGCUGUUAAACUUUAAAAAUAUCAUUCUUCACUAAGCACAGCAUUUUCCUUAUCAAAUUGCUUCUUUUAGUACAGUGUUUCCUUAUAGCCAAAUAAACCCACAAAAUAAAAUUCAAUACAUUUUUGCAAGUUAAUUAAUUUUUUUAUUUUAUUUUCAUAAAUAUUAGAUACAUGUGAUUGGGAAACAUUGCAAGCCAAAUAAGACACAAAUUGUUCACAAUCAUUUCUCAUCAGAGUCCCUGUAAAUAUAACAAAAAUGUAGAUCCAGGCAUAAACAGUGUACAGUACACUAGUUAAAUUGUACAAUAGUCGAUCUUCAAACCGUUGUUUUUUAACAGUUUUAUAUUGACGGUAAAAAAAACGAAUUUUCUUGUGUAUAAAUAUAAACACCAAACUGACUACUUAUAGUUGAUUUAUACUGUGUUAAAGGCAGAUACCCAUGACUAAUUAAAGUUGUCUUAUGAGGUGCAAAUGCUCAUAUAGAGUGAAAUACUCAAACUUCUCCACAUGACAAAGACAAUGGCUGUCAGUGUCCCUUGUAUCGCUCAAAUAGACAAGUUUCCCAAUAAAUUAUCAAACAGCCAAACCUUUCAAGAACAAGCACAGUAUAAAGUGUACAUGUUAUCAAUAAGAGCUGCAGAUUUACAAACUUUGAUACUUGUCUGGCCCUGAUUAACCAUCGCAACAGACCUUUAGUUUUGAGAGUGGCACAUUUUUUCUCAUUUAAAACUUGCACCUCUAAUUUCAUCAGUAAUAAUUGAAGACUUGUUGUA